ACCACACCACCCCUACCACUCAACCCCUACCACUCCACCCCUACCCCACCACUCCCCCCUACCACACCACCCCCCGUGUCUCUCACCGGAGCAGCUUGAAGACGAACACGAGCCACAACGAGACAGCCAUGGCAGCGGCAGAGGUGACGGCUCCGUCGCCGUACCACGCGGGCUACGGCGGCGGUACCGGCGGCGACGGCGUCGGUACCGGCGACGGCGUCGGCGAGGCCUGGAGCGACUUCCCGGCGUGGCUGGCGGCCCGCGGCGUGGGCCCUCGUGCCGCCCUGGCACUGGAAUCGGCGCUGGGCAUCGGCGACUACGCGGCGCUGCGAGCCUGCGCCGAGCACGGCGCCCUGCGCGCCGAGCUGAUCGCGGCGGCGCGCGACCGCCUGCCCUUCGGCUGCUACGCCGUGCUGCGGAGGCUCGUCGAGAGCUUUGAGCUGCCGUGCGCCGGACGGUCCAGCGCCGCCAGCGCCGGCGACAGGAACUCGUCGCUGCUCGACAUCCUGGUGGUGCUGCUGACGGCGCUGAGCGGGGAGCUGUCGCGCUCCGCCAUGCGGCUCAGCGCCCUCGACGCCACCGCCGGUACCACCGCCGGUACCGGCGCCUCUCCCGCCGGCGCCGCCUCUCCCUGUGACGGGCGCGUCUCGGCGGAGCCGCGUGCCGGCGCCGUCAUCCAGGCGGUGGACGGCUCCUACCUCAGCGACCACGGUGAGGGCAUGGACGAGGAGCAGGAGGAGCUGCCGCUUGCCGACGACCAGGCCGAGUUCCCCGGCAUCACCGCCGAGAGCCACGGCUGCGGCGACGGAAUCACCGGCGGAUUCUACCCGGGCCGUGACUGCGACGGCGUGAGUCGUCACCGUCCGGGCUGCGUGGGGCUCCCCGCCUCGUCCCCCUUCGAGGGAGACGGCGAGGCGCUGGGGGCGGCGGCGGCGGCGGCGGCGGCGUCGCGCCCGGUCAAGGUGGAGAUGAUGGACGACCCCCGCGCAGUCGACGUCAAGGACGAGGACGUGGGGGGCGGCGGCGCCAGGCGGCCCGCCGAGUGGGGCCAGGGCGGCUCCGUUCACGACGACGGUCACGGCGGCCAUGACGGUGACGGCGGCCAUGACGGCGAUGGCGGCGGUGACGUCAGCGGAAGGCAGCGCUGGUGUCACGACGACGACAGCGGCGUCGCCGCGGGGGCCUGGGACUCACGGUGGCGCCACCACCACCACCCCCAGCAGCACCAGCAGCACCAGCAGCACCAGCAGCACCACCACCACGGCGGCGGCGGUCAUGACGGCGACGCGUACGGUGCCGUUCCCUCUUCCUCGUCUUCCUCCUCCUCGGCCGCCGCCGCCGCCGUCGUCGCCACCGCCACCACGCCGGCGCCCUCGCACCGCACCGCUGCUCCGGACGGCGCCGCGGGGCCGGCGCGAGGGGGCGCCAGGAGAACGUUCGUCCGGUGGCGAGGCAACGGCGCGCGGCGCCCCAGCCAGGAUCACGACCACGACAUCGACGUCGACCACGACGGAAGCGCCGGCGUCGACGACGACGACGACGGAGAAGAAGAAGACUGCGGCGGAGACGGCGCGGGGGGCGCCGCGGCAAUGGCGCUUGGGGCCCCGCAGCAGCAGCAGCAGCAGCAGCGGCGGCCCUUCGUGUGCACGAGCUGCGGCAAGGCGUUCAGCAAGCUGGCGGUGCUGACGCUGCACACGCGCACCCACACGGGCGAGCGGCCGUACGUGUGCACGCAGUGCGGGCGCGCGUUCGCGCAGGCCUCCAGCCUCGGCUACCACCGGCGCACGCACACCGGAGAGAAGCCGUACGCCUGCGGGGGCUGCGCCUUCCGCUGCGCUCGCUCCAGCAGCCUCAUCCGGCACCAGCGCGUGUGCAGGCGGCGCAACAACAACGGCGGCGACGACGACGGUAUCAUCGGCGGCAUCGGCGGCGGCAUCAUCGGCGGAAUCGGCGACGACGGCGGUAUCAUCGGCGGUGGCGGCAUCAUCGGAGGAAUGCUACGCUACUGACGUUAGCGAUUCGGCGAGGUUGGCUACGUACGGCGGUGCGAAAGAGGUUCUCCAUGCGUAGGCUUGCGCAGAGACCCAUCGACUACUCGCACAGAGACCCGUAGACUCGCACAGAGACCCAUCGACUACUCGCACAGAGACCCGUAGACUCGCACAGAGACCCAUCAACUACUCGCACAGAGACCCGUAGACUCGCACAGAGACCCAUCGACUACUCGCACAGAGACCCGUAGACUCGCACAGAGAUCCAUCGACUACUCGCACAGAGAUCCAUGGACUAUUCACGCAGAGACCCACAGACUACUCGCACAGAGACCCGUAGACUCACAAAGAGACCCAUAGACUCACACAGAGACCCAUAGACUCACACAGAGACCCAUAGACUCACACAGAGACUCAUAGACUCACACGGAGACCAAUAGACUCACAAAGAGACCCAUAGACUCACAAAGAGACCCAUAGACUCACACAGAGACUCAUAGACUCACACAGAGAUUCGUAGACUCACACAGAGACCCGUAGACUCACACAGAGACCCGUAGACUCACACAGAGACCCGUAGACUCACACACAGACCCAUAGACUCACACAGAGUCUCAUAGACUCACACAGAGACCCAUCGACUCACACAGAGACCCGUAGACUCACACACAGACCCAUAGACUCACACAGAGUCUCAUACUCACACAGAGACUCAUAGACUCACACAGAGACCCAUAGACUCACACAGAGACUCAUAGACUCACACAGAGACUCAUAGACUCACACAGAGACCCAUCGACUCACACGGAGACCCUGAGUUUGUCACGUUACCCGUCGGUGGACACGCUGCAGGAUGAGAGAUUCCCAGAGCCGGGGCUCGAACCCAGAACUUUGAGAGGAGCUGAUGCCGCCGCCGCCACCGCCGCCGCUGAUAACAAGACUCCCGGAGCACGAAGCCGGAUUGUCCGUGGCGCGAGGUCACAGCGAGCUGGUGUGGGACAUCGACCCUCGCACCCCGAUUGCCUGAGAUUCCCAGAACCUAGGCCGUGAGCCUACCACGUAGCCUCCGAGACGUUCACUAGGCACCCGUUGUGGUUUAUCCACUCCCUAGGGGCCCACGAAAGUCGAGGACAAAAUGUGACUACAAUCGACAGCGCCAAGCGAAUUUGCUGGGCAGUUGCGAGAUGUUAACUCCCUCGGCCGGUAUGCACGAGGUCGUGGGUUCGAUCCCGACAAUGGCGAUGCCUGCUGCUGCUGUAUAUUUGGAGUUUGCGUGUCUCUCUCUCAUCAUCAUCAUCAUCACGGUGGCUAGGAGAUGUUAACCACCUCGCCUGGUCUACAGGAGGUCGUGGGUUCGAUCUCAACCCUGACGACGCCUGCUGCUGCUGCUGUAUUUGGAGUUUGCGGUGUCUCUCUCUCUCUCUCCUCGUGGUCGCGUGGAUUUUUCUCCGGGUCCUCCACUUGUUUUCCUUCCGCGUUUAGAAUCGACGUGACGCGUUUAGAUGAUUUGGCUCCUGCUAUCAGUCUCUCCACGCUUGUGAUUAGCCUCGUCGCUUCUCAAGAAAGAGCUACAGAGCUCGGUUGGGGCCUUACCUGGUCAACUAAAAAUAGUGUUGGUUUAGCACGCGGUCAAGGCGCCUCCAGUACACUUCUAAGGUCAAAUUUCGAUGUAAAGCUUUCGUGACUGCAGGGAUUCAUCUUCUUGGUUCUUUCGGUAAAGUCACAUA